AUUUCCAACUGGUUCUGCUCCAUAUUCUGUUGGUAUAGCUGAUUUUGAUAAUGACAAUCAAUUGGAUAUUGUUGUUACAUAUUCUGAAACUGAUAAUAUUGUUAUUCUUCUAGGUGAUGGUAAUGGUAUGUUUACAAUUAGAGCAACAUAUUCAACUGGUACUCGUUCUCAACCAUCUACAGUAGCUGUAGGUGAUUUCGAUAAUAAUAAAAAUUUAGACAUUGCCAUUGCAAAUUCUGGCACUAAUUCUAUACUUCUUCUCUAUGGAUCUGGAAAUGGAUUUUUUGAAAACAAAACUUCAUAUGCUCUUGGCUAUGGAUAUCAUCCUUACUCGAUUGCAAUCAAAGAUUUAAAUCAAGACAACUGGAUGGACAUUGUCAUUGCAUGUUCUGGCACAAAUCAUGUAGAAACUCUCAUCAAAAUGUGUUACUAUCACUGA